CCACUCAAGUGAAGACCGCGCUACUUGAAAAGUCCUUUUCUGUCACUUUGAGGAGUUUUUUGGGGGAUGGAUUCUUCAGACCGACCGGCGAAUGUGACUUUUCUGGACUUUGUGGGAGGCAUCCAACUCCUCCAGGGGGAGGACGUCAGGACCGCCGUGCCCGUCCUCCUCAUCGGGAUCUGCGUGUCGGGCGCGGUGGGGAACCUGCUGGUCCUGCUCAUCUUCAUGCGGGACUUCAAGGCGGGGAAGGGAUCGGAGGUGAAGGCUCUGCUGGCCUCGCUGGCCUCCACCGACCUCCUGGUGCUGCUCCUGUGCGCCCCCGUGCGAGCCCUCACCGCCUACAAGCAGUGGUGGGUGCUGGGCCGCUUCGUGUGCUCCACCGCCGACUGGUUCCAGCACUCGUGCGUGGUGGCCAAGACCUUGCUUCUGGCGGUCAGCACCCGGGCCAAGCACACGCUGGACCCCGACGCCGUCUCCCGCCCGGGGCCCGCCCUCCGCAACCCCACCUGGGUCCACGGCGCCGUGGCGUUCGUGUGGACCGUGUCGAUGAUGUUUCCCAUCCCGCAGAUGCUUUUUGCCACCGCGCGGCCGCGCGGCCACGGGACUAUUUGCGUCUCUGAGAUGCCGGCGUGCGCCUCCCAGUUCAUGGCGCUUUUCUACAAGAUUUACCCCACGGCGACCUUCGUGGCGCCGGUCCUCUUCACCGUGGCGUACUACACCAAGAGCCUGCACAGGGCUCUGAAUCACGGCCCCUGUCGGCAGCAGCAGAGCAAGGUGACGCUGGUCCUCCUGUGCCUGAGCAGCACCUUCGGGCUCAUGCUGCUACCCGAGUGGGGCAUCUUCACCUGGGUCCGGCUGGGCUACAGCAGACCCCCCGUUGGUGUGGUCAUCUUCGCCCAGGUGCUCCUGUACGCCUGCAGCGCCCUGUCCCCGGUGCUGCUCAUGACCAUGUACGACGACGUGCGCCGAGGCUUGCUCGCCGUCUGCUCGGCCGCCACCUGCCGGAGCGCCGAGCCUGACGUCGCCCCGCCCAAGACGGAGGAGAACGGAGCGGAGCUGGGCGCCGACCCGUCGACCCCCGACGCCGACAAGACCUUCCCGGACGUGGAGCACUUUUGGACGGGGCGCAGGAACACCCACGUGGAGGAGGAACAGGACCCCGUCCCCUGGGAGAGAGAGGAGAAAAUGUAAUAUUCUUAGUCAUACGAUUAUUAGGGAACCUGGAAGUCAACCGUAGAGUUGAGAAAGUUGUUAUCCUUAUCACGCUAAUGCAAUACAGCCAGCAAACACCAGACAUCCAUCAUACGUACAUGUCCUUUAAAACUGACUUUGAAACAACGUUGCAAAAUAGUUGUAUUUGUUGAUUGAGACAACGUUGGCGUUUAUUGUCGGAUCCACGUCGUUGGUUGGAAAAUGACACAAUUUCAAUAAUCAAAUCAACGUCAGAACCCAACAUUGAUUAAUCGUCGUCAAAAAGCAUGUUGUUUCAACGUUGUAUUUGUGUUGUAGAAUAUUGGUUGGGGAAAUGACCAAAUUUCAAUGUUCAAAUCAACGUCACAACCCGACAUUGAUUAAUCGUCGUCAAAAAGCGUGUGGUUUCAAUGAACAGUGGUCCCAACCUAACCUUUUUGGAACCGCGGACCGGUCAACGCUUGAAAAUGUGUCCCAUGGAUCGGGUGGGGGGAUUCGUCAUAAAAAAAUACAAUCAUGUGUGCUUACGGACUGUAUUCCUGCAGACUGUAUUGAUCUAUAUUGAUAUAUAAUGUAGGUGCACUAAUUGUAAGUGUGUCUUGUGUUUUUUAUGUUGAUGAAAUUUUUUUAUUUCUUGUGCAGCCCGGUACCAAUCCAUCCACGGACCGGUACCGGGCUGCGGACCGGUACCGGGCUGCGGCCCGGUGGUUGGGGACAACUGUUGUAGAAUAUUGUUUGGGAAAUGAAUCAACGUCAGAACCCAACA